AUGGCCGACGAAGGAUUGAUCAGCAACCUCGAUGAGGCGUGGAACAUCAACUACGAGGACCUCGACUUUGGCAAGGAGAUUGGCAAGGGCGGCUUUGGUUCUGUCUACGAAGGCGAAUAUUUUGGCACACCCGUCGCCAUCAAAAAGAUUGUGGAAGAGGACCCAGAUGGUCUGCUGUACCUGGAGCGCGAGGUGAACGUGCUCAAGGGCAUGCGCCAUCCCAACAUCGUCCAGUUCAUCGGUAUCGCCGUGCACGAGGGUGCGCUGUUCAUCAUCACCGAGUACGUGGACAACGGCAACCUGCGCAAGUUCCUCAAAGACUCGAAGAUCAGCAUGCCUUGGGCCAUGCGCGUUAAUCUUGCACACGACAUCGCUUGCGCCAUGGCAGACUUGAAGAGCAAGAACCUCCUCGUCGGCGACAACUGGCGCCUGAAGAUCUGCGACUUCGGCUUUGCGCGGGUGAAUGCGUCCAACCGGCCGAUGACGCUGUGCGGCACCGACGACUGGAUGGCGCCGGAGAUGAUCAUGGGCUUCCAGUACGACAACAAGGUGGACGUGUUCUCCUACGGCAUCGUGCUGUGCGAGCUCAUCACGCGCGCCAAGAUCUCCGACCACCUCCAGCGAAAGCCGCAGGAGGCGUUCGGCCUCAACGUGAGCCAGCUCGAGAAGCUCAUUCCCGGCGACUGCCCGCCCGAGUUCGCGCAGGUGGCCAUCGAUUGCUGUGGAUAUGAGCCGUCGGCGCGUCCCUCGUUCAAGGACGUCAUCAGGCGCCUCAAGCCCAUCAUGAAGACCCUCCCGCCAUGGAACCCCCUCGGCCACGCCCACCGCCGCGCCGCCGGCCCCCUACUCCCCCCUGCUGCGCCCAAGCCGGCACCUGCUACCGCCGCAGCUCCCGCGGCUGGCGGGUUUGACGCCAACGGCAACCCAAGGUCCUCCGUCCGCUACGCAGGUGUGCGCCUGAAGAAGACCGGCGGCCAUGGCCUGUGGUAA